GUGUAGUGGAAGAAAGGCAAGAGAAACGGAGUAAAUGAGAGCACUUUUGUCCAGAUUAUUGAAGGACUUAUCUCGAAAAUAAAUCGCCGAAACAGCUUACUAUUAUGAAACGGACACAUUGUUGAUUUCCCGUCCAGGUAAAUUCCUGCGUUUCCUUCUCAUGAUAACUACAAGAGGUCGACAGCUAUAGAGGGUAACCACUGGUGAGAAGGCAGCCCGAGGCCCCAGUCUCCAGGCUUCCUGCAGAAGGGCUUAGUGAAGGACUCUUGGGGAACGAAGCUGUAUCUCUCCCUGUCAGAUUCACAAUCCUGGAUUCUCCACCCUGCCCACCACCAUGACCGAUGUGGUGAUCGUCAAGGAGGGAUGGCUGCAUAAAAGAGGAGAAUACAUCAAGACCUGGAGGCCGAGGUAUUUUCUACUGAAGAGUGAUGGUACAUUCAUUGGCUACAAGGAGCGACCGCAAGAUGUGGACCAGCUGGAAACCCCCUUAAAUAACUUCUCUGUAGCACAGUGCCAGCUGAUGAAGACGGAGCGGCCUAAGCCCAACACAUUUAUCAUCCGAUGCCUGCAGUGGACCACCGUCAUUGAGCGCACCUUCCACGUGGAGACCCCCGAGGAGAGGGAAGAAUGGACUAAAGCUAUCCAGGCGGUGGCUGUUGGUCUGCAGAAACAAGAGGAGGAGAUGAUGGACUCCUCCCCAGACCCCAUGGACAUGGAGGUCUACCUGACCAAACCCCGACAAAAAGUGACUAUGCACGAUUUUGAAUACCUCAAACUCCUGGGAAAAGGCACUUUUGGCAAAGUCAUUCUGGUAAAGGAGAAGGCGACAGGACGCUACUAUGCUAUGAAGAUCCUGAAGAAGGAGGUGAUCGUUGCAAAAGAUGAAGUGGCACACACACUCACAGAGAACCGAGUGCUUCAGAAUUCCAAGCAUCCGUUCUUGACAGGUUUAAAGUACUCCUUCCAGACAUACGACCGCUUGUGCUUCGUCAUGGAAUAUGCAAACGGUGGCGAGCUUUUCUUCCAUCUGUCUAGGGACCGUGUGUUCUCAGAGGAGCGGGCACGGUUCUACGGGGCAGAGAUCGUGUCGGCACUGGACUACCUGCAUGCUGAAAGAAAUGUGGUCUAUCGGGAUUUAAAGUUGGAAAAUCUCAUGCUGGACAAAGAUGGACACAUAAAGAUUACAGACUUCGGUCUCUGCAAGGAGGGGAUCAAAGAUGGCGCCACCAUGAAAACAUUCUGUGGGACACCAGAGUACCUGGCACCUGAGGUACUGGAAGACAAUGACUACGGCCGCGCUGUGGACUGGUGGGGUCUGGGGGUGGUGAUGUAUGAGAUGAUGUGCGGCAGGCUGCCCUUCUACAACCAAGACCACGAGAAGCUGUUCGAGCUCAUUCUCAUGGAGGACAUUCGCUUCCCUCGGACGCUGGGACCGGAGGGACGUUCUCUGCUCUCCGGUCUGCUCAAGAAGGACCCCAAGCAGAGGUUAGGCGGAGGUCCAGAUGAUGCCAAGGAGAUUAUGCAGCACAAGUUCUUUGCAGGAAUCGAAUGGCAAGACGUCUAUGAAAAGAAGCUGGUCCCGCCUUUUAAGCCCCAGGUUACCUCAGAAACGGACACACGGUAUUUUGAUGAGGAAUUCACAGCACAGACCAUCACUAUUACGCCACCUGGACAAGAUGACAAUAUGGAGUCCUUUGACAGUGAACGAAGACCCCACUUCCCCCAGUUCUCCUACUCUGCUAGUGGGACAGCCUGAACAAGUCUCUAUACAUUCCUCUGGUCCCACCACCUCCCCUCACCCCACCUGACUGCACACUCAAAAGACUGGGGUCACAGCCUCAUUCUCCCAGCAUUGUCUACAAAUACCGUCAAAUGGAUAAAACGUUACAUUCUACAAGUUAUGCUUUACAGGAAGGAGGAAAUACUAGACAAAACAAAGAAAACUGUGGUUGUUGUGUGGCCUUUGAAGACUCUCCAUGGCAAAAGAUAACACUACCCUGCAUUUCCUGGUUGUAAUGUUCUGUACUGAGCAGGCAGCCAUACACCAAAAUGAAUAGGGAAAAUGUAUGUUAUGCACAAAUAAGGCCAUUGCUUUGAAUUUUGAAAAGGGUCAUUUUGUAUUAAAAAAAAAAGAUUGAAAUUGAAUUGACCAUUUAAAGUGGGGAAAUAGGCGUAUUGUGGACCAACAAAGUCAUGUGAGCAGUGAGUAUGUUGCCUGUUAGGAGAGGGAUAUAUUCAUCUUAUCCUUACUAAGACUUGGAAACAACUCCAAUACCAUCAAGUCCAAGUCAUCAAAAAAAAUCUGGGGGGGUUUAAACAUGAAUGUACCGUAUCAAAUAAAGUUAAUCUUUCUGCAUACUUGUUGUAAAAAUGGUUGAUUCUCAUAAGACUGAAUUCUCAUCUAACAAGAAUAUUUAUUAUUAUUCUACUACCCCAUUUAAGCUAAAUGCAAAACAACCACCAGUAGGUCUCAAUUAUAUCGUUAAGCCACAACCUGACGAGUCUGAUAAAUUGUGCAAUACAGUCUGAUGUGAGGAACGAGACAUAAAAAAGAAUACAGAGCCAGAGCAAACAUUAAGAUGUGAAAGCUGGCUUGCAAGUGGAUUUCAAUUGUAACUGUUUGCACAUCCUUGACAUUGAAAAAAUAAGGUUUUGUAUUCACCAUAAUUAAAGAAAAAAAAAGUCCCUCCAGAAGCCCUGAAGUAAGUGCGAAGUUCACGCCGUACUGUCUGAAUGCUGUUACAAACACUUCCUGGUUUGCUCUGAACUGGCCCAUCAAGGCACCAUGGCCCCUGCUGUCCACUCUCUCUCUCUCUC